AAAAUGAUGUUUAUUGCUAAAAUAGCCACUGAGAGCAUAAUGAGGCAAUGAUUAUUAUUUCACUCACAGACAUAUACAAAAUUGCAUAGAAACUGAAAAAAUAAUACAAAGAUACAUGAAAGAUCAUCUUUUGCAAGAAUACCUACCUACACUCGUAUUAUAAUUAUGCAAUAUCACAAGAUUGUCGGAUUUAUUGUUAUUUUAGCGUUUCAUGAUAGAGGAUCAGCAGAUAAAACCGUUGAAAGCAACAACAGUUCCGUUUAUUUAGGACCAAGAAAUGUUUCACUCAAUAUAACGGAUAAUGCAACAACAAUUAUAUCCAGUUCGAAACGUAAGUCAGUGUUAAUUUUAAAUAGUGAUCCAGCACUGCGGUCCGUAAAUAAAAAUAAAGUAUCCAGCUUAUAUUAUGAGGAAUAUGAUGAUAAUGGCAAAGUACUGAACACUAUGUGGAUGUAUAAUCUCAAAGAUGUGGCUGAAUUUUUCAGAAUUUUCUUAGAUACUGAAAUUUGUUACGGAUAUUGUAAAAAUUAAAGGGAGAACAUUUA